AUGAAGGUCCGGUAUAAGUGUUCAUGCCAGAAUCGAGUCACAUGGAGUGAUCUGAAUUGCUGUACUCAAUGUCACAGUUUAAGCUGCUUUUCUUGCCAGGAUUUUCGACCUGUUUUAAAAUAUUGUCCUAAAUGUCUUGAAGAGCCAGCAAAAACGGAUCAGAUAUUCUGUAAUAGGAACUGCUUUCAAUGUCCAAGAUGCAGUAUAUCGCUAGUGAUUUCUAGUGAGAAGGUCGGAGAAGAAAUGAAACAAUACACUUUUAAUUGUACAGGCUGCAAAUGGAAUUUCGUCACGCCACCAACUGGAAGAAUCAAAUCAUUAACGAAGUAUAUCCUUGAGCUAUACAACUCUCAGCAUGCUAGAGCAUAUGAAAUUAUGACGCAUUUACUUAAUAAGAAGCAUCUGCUUCAGUUGGAAGGAAAAUCAUUCAACUUUACCCAAUCGGAACCAUCUCCAGAGGGCUAUUCAUCGAAGUCUAUAACGCAAAGAUUAAUUGUAGGCGAGAAACUACACAACUUAAUUAAUGAACAGAUACCUCUCCCUUUUGAGGAAGAUAAGAAGACGGAAUUGUAUCCCAAACGUACCCACUUGAAGUGCAGAUAUAUUUACUCGUGUCCGAACUGCCAUAAUACAAUGAGUGUCCCAGACCAAAGACCUGGGUCUUCAAGAUUGAUGAAGGAUUCAUUUGCUAUGAAUAUUCUUCCGCAUAUCAGAAUUGAAAGUGCGUCUAAAGUGCUGGGCACUACCACUGACGAUGACACAUUAGCAAUAGUCUUUGUAAAUGCAACGCCAUCAAAGCCUGUUGAGUUCUCACUUACGGCUUCAGAGAGUUUAUUCCUCCCGAUAAGAGGAUUUAUUCUACCGUCAGUUUCAAAUGACACUAAUUCACAUACCAAUACCGAAGGAAAGGACGUUAACCUGCAGAUACUGGAAGACUACAUCAAGUACGUACCAACAUACCUUCUAGGCAAGGAUAAUAAGCUAUCACAGGCUGAAAGAACGCGAAGAAUGGGAAGCAUGUUUUCGUUCAGGAAUAAUAAUGGCAUCAAGAUCCAACAACUAGCACCCGGUGACGACGAAGACGUACAGCCUCUAGACCAAGGUGACGCGUGGUGCGCAUUACCUUUAAAGGUGACUAAGAAGGGCACUCAUCAACUUAACCUCCUGACAAAGAUAGACGACUGGGAAGUUAACCUAGAGCUUUUCUUCUAA